GAAGCCAUCGACGUCCAAGUUAUUGUAGAAAGUCGUAAAUACAAACUAGUCAAGUACUUUUCAGCUCUGUUGGACAAUUCUUGAACGUUGCCAAGAACCACUGGAGCACCGGUAGACCAGCUCUUUACACGGCGAUAUCAGAAAAGUGAAACUCACUUCAAUAACUAGCAGAACAGUCCAACAUUUAUCCGGUGUUCAGUUGCGUUUUGCUCUGUUCAAUUGUAUAAUUUAUAAAAAUCUGUACAAGCGUAUAUUAAACGCGUUUAAACAAAGACAGAGUUGAAAAAGGUGCCGCGCCAAUCAUAGUCGAGAACCGGGGUAGACCAUUUUAGCCAGUGGUGGUAAUAGCAGCUAGUACAUAUAUACUUCUCUAACCAGCGUUUGGUGCUAUCAGUCUUCGGUAUUUUUCUAACUUCGCAAUUACAAUUAUAACCAACCAUAACCAGCAUUACCAACUCGAAUCAAUUCACCUUGUUUUCUUAACUACUUACAGUGCUGCCGUGUUUAAUUACUACUGUAACCGUUUUUGUCAUUAAAAUCAUUAAUAUUUUCUUAAUUUCUCUUUAAACUUGAAAACUAGGAACCUUACCAUUCAGUUUUAAGUUCCUUCGGAGACCGCUUAAUCAUAACUGCGAAAAAUUGCCAAAAAUUGCAAAAAUUGCAAACAUUUUUUCAUCCGAAUUAUUAGUCAUCAAAUCUAGCUCAAGUAAGCAAGAUUUCUUAAAAAAAGCUGCCAUUUCAUUUCAACUGUAGUAAACAAAAACUUGCUGAUUGACUUCCAGUAUUUACUUUUAAAUUCCUCUUUGCAAAAUUCCAUUUUGGGCAAUAGUCUUUACUAUUUUGUUUUAUUCGCAAAUUUUAAAUUUCUAAUUUCAUUUCGUUAUUAUUUUCAAAUCCCCGUUCAGUUUUAUUAGAAAAAAGAAUAAAGUAGUUUAAAAUGGAUCCAAGAUCAUAUGGCGGUAACUCUCCCAUGAACAACGGCUCGGGCGUCGACAACUCUGGCCUUCUCGGAAACGGAAGCCCGAACGGCAUGAACAACCCGAACGAGAUGCCGAAAGGUGCUGGCAACCAUGGCAACCAAGGGGGUCCCCCGCAACAGCAGAAUCCGCACCACCAGGGCCCCCACCCGGGUCAAGGCGGAGGAGGGUCGAACGCGGUGAACAUUGCAGACUACUUCAACCAGCUAGUGCGAGACAAGAAGAAUCUCUCCUAUCUUCCCAACUACUUCCUACACUGCGAGCGACUCCUAGAUGAAGAAAUCAACAAAGUGAAGAAUCUUCUCUGCAGCGCCACAGACAGGAAGCCCCUGGAUCUGCCAGAACCGAAGGGACCCACAGUCACUCUAACAGAGAAGAUAUUCGUGCCAGUAGACAAAUACCCUAAUUUCAACUUUGUGGGUAGGAUUCUGGGUCCCCAGGGCACGACAGCCAAGGACAUUGAGAUGUUCACGGGAUGCAAGAUCAUGGUCAGGGGGGAGGGUAGCAUGCGAGACAAGAAAAAGGAAGAGCAGUUGAAGGGAAAGCCUAACUUUGAGCACCUGAAUGAGAAGCUGCACGUGUUGAUCCAGUGUGAGGACACACACAACAGGGGCGAAGUGAGGAUGGAGGCUGUCAUCAAGGAGAUCAAAAAACUACUCGAUCCAAAGCCUGAUGGUGAAGAUGAAAUCAAGCGUCGACAGCUAAUGGGACUAGCUGUGAUUAACGGAACCUAUCGAGAAACUCACAAUGUUAAACACCACCAUCAUCACAACCACCACCACCAUCAGAACCAUAUGAACAACCAACACGCAGCCGCAGCUGCGCAACAGCUAGCAGUGUUUCCCGAACUCGCCGGUUUGUUGCCGGGAUUCAACCCAAAUGCCGGAGUUGGAGCGGGAUCUCCAGCAGGACUCACGGGACUCACAGGCGCCGGAGGUCUGGACCAGGCCACACUUUUGGCCCAAUUGAACAAUGCCAAUUUGGCUUCUCUGAUUGGCGGAAACUCACUUCGUCACGGUGGUGGUUCGGGAGCGAACGGAAUGAACAGAUUCGGAGUUACGAACUUGUUGCCGACUAGUCUCCCGGUGUCAGUCGCAAGCCAGAACGCCUUCCUACAAGCUAGUGGCCUUCAAAGCCCAGCAGCCGACGCGGGUCUUCUGUACGCCGCAGCUGCCGGGUAUGACCCUCAGUCGAUGAUUCAACUUGGGUUGUUGUCGGCGAAUUCUCCAGUUGCAUCACAAAGCGACAUCGGAGCAGGCGCGGCCGGAAGUUCCGAGUCAAGCUUCGACUUCGAUUGAAUCGAGCGACAAUCACCGUAAAAAGACUGAAUUAGUCUGGCUUAUAAUGGCAAACAAUUGUACAGUGUAGCUUACUAAAGCCACUGACAAUAUUCAUCUUCAAAUUAAAAACCGAAUCGAAUUUUGUUCGGAUUUCGGGUUACGGAAAGUAGUCGCGGUGCUGUAUACAACACAACGACGUGUACUAAAAGCGCUAAUUUUGUCAACAACAACAACAGCAAACAAAACUGACACAUAAAAGUUGAACUGCUUUGACCUUUGACCUGACUUGAUUUGACCUCUGACCAACAACCAUUACACGUGAACUACACACUGUGUCGACUACUUACACAUGUUUACUCAACUAAACUGCAAAAUCAACUCAUUUUACGCCCAAAACUCAAAAUUUCUCGCCAAUCGCGCAAAAAAUUCAAAAUGUUUUGACUUGGAAUUUUGAUUUGAUGUUGGUUUUUAGUUAAAAAACAAUCUAUAUUUUUUGCGCUGGUUGUUGAGAAAUGCCAAGAAAUUCAUCGUUGCAAACUUUAAAACUUUUUCAUUUAAUUACUUAGUUCCACAUCCACAGUCAAAACUCAAAAUUAUGUCACUUUCAGAUAUUUUAAUGUUAUUACACCAAAUCGGUUUCACACUGAAAACUUUCAUUUUCAAACUUAGUAGAAGUCUCAACUUUGCACGUCUGCGACGUGCUCUCAAAUUUGUAUAGAUUUGAUAUUGAAUUGGUUUAUUAUUUUGAUGAUUUUAGUUAUUACACGAAAAAUUUAUUAUUUAUUUCAAAUAAACUAUGAUUUUCCAAUGCAAUUAAAAUUCAAAAAUAUGAUAAAUUCCAAAUUUUGUUCCAA